CUAUAAAAACCGCUCGCGUCGUUUCCGCCAGCGUAUUUCAUAUUCGCCAUAUCUGCAGUAGCAAUCUUCCUGCGGAGAGAUUGGCUGGAGUUCGAAUCGAGCGGGGAGAAACUGCCGGCCGAUCGAUCGUGCUGGUCGACAUCAUCGCUGAAACGAUGUCUUACUCCAGAAGGUACGACUAUUCUUGUUCUCCUUCACCUCGCCGGAGGUAUGGUAGGUCAAUCUCUAGGUCGAGGUCGGUUUCUAGGAGCAGAUCAAGGAGUGCUUCAAGGGAUGUUGAGAACCCUGGCAACAAUUUGUAUGUUACGGGACUGUCCCCUCGGAUUACAAAGAGGGAACUGGAAAAGCAUUUUGCAAGCGAGGGAAAGGUGGUGGAUGUGCAUGUCGUGGUUGACCCGUGGACUAGGGAAUCUCGUGGUUUUGGGUUUGUAACUAUGUCAACCGUUGAGGAGGCUGAGAGGUGCAUCAAGUAUUUAGAUAGAUCUGUGCUUGAAGGCCGUGUAAUCACUGUUGAAAAGGCUAGGAGGAGGAGGGGAAGAACUCCUACUCCAGGAAGGUAUCUGGGGUUGAAGACUAUUCGAGCGCGCCGGCGCUCUCCUAGUUAUUCUCCCCAUCGGACUCCAAGCCAUUCUCCCUAUAGUAGGAGCAGGUCUCCUCGUUAUUCAUCUGACUGCAGCAGGAGUAGGUCCUACUCCCCUUACCACAGGAGGCGCAGAUCCUACUCUCCUUACUAUGGUCGGCGAAGGGCUUAUUCUCCUUAUUCUAGUCGACGAAGAUCAUACUCUAGAUCCCGUUCCCCUUACAGCAGGUCGCCAGUGUAUUGGCGUGAUCGGUCCUACUCUCCAUAUGAUUCAAGGGACUACUCUCCAGAUGAUCGCUAUCACAGAAGGAGCCGCUAUCGAUCUAUUUCUAGAAGUGUCUCACCAGGAAGAGGGAGAUACUCUAGGAGCAGCUAUUCCCCGAGGCCGAGGAGGAGGAGAUACUCCCCCAGCGAAUCUCCAGAACCUAGGAGAAGGUCAAGGAAGAGUUCUAAGCGGUGCUACUCAUCCAGACGCGGGCAUUCGAGGGAUAGCUAUUCUUCUAGGAGUGUGUCUCCGAGCCAUAGUGUUAGUGCAAGUUCCAGAGCAGUCACAAGGUCUAACACGCCAAGGUCAUCGUCAUCUUCAGCUUAAGUAAUGUUCCUGUGGAGGGGGAUAUGUGGUUUGCUUGUAAGUUGUCUGGUUUGUCCAUUCUGGGAUAGUCCUUGGCAUUUCGAACUGGGAGUUCAGGAUUUUGUGUAGCCCUCCUCUCGGGGAGGCAGACUCUUCUUCGGUUACUGCGUGCAGUUUCUCAAGUAGUUAGAAUUAUCUAAUAUGUGUCGGACUACGACUUUACUGUUACAUGGUCAUAUGUUUUUAGAACUUGUUGCUAUUAUAUGGAUCCGAUUCUCAAUUCAUCUGGGAAAGGCCAUAUUUAUGGUUA